GAAUCGCGUCCUAAUUCUGCGCGCUGGUUUGGUCGUUGGAUUUCUCAUUCCUCCUCGCCUUUCCCUUUUCAUUCUCACCUCGCGUUAGGCUGCCUUAAACAGAAAUUAGUUUAAGGGGCGGGGCCGCCCGGCAGCUCAGCCGUUACGACAUACGGGCUUGAAAAAAGCGUCACCAGCCUCCCCCCUCCUCCCGCAACGCAAGGCACGCCGGGUUAUUGAGCCGCCCCGAGAGGGCCCCAUCUGCCGCCCACCAUUGGCUGACACGGACGCCCCCUUCGCGUCCGGAUAGGGCGCUGUCCCCGUCCUGUGGUGGCGAUUGUUGUUGUUCUCGGGUGUUGUUGCCACGGGGCGUUUGAGCCUCGGCUUUUGAUUGGUCGUUGUGCCGCGAUGCUUCCUGGGGGUUGUAGUAUUCCUGUCAGGGUGACAGCGGCGGCUGUGCAGUUUGCCCUGCUCCGCGGCUCCCCUCAGAGUCGGAGUCUGCGGCGCGGGGACGCUUCAUGGAAAGCGGGGAAGGAUUCGGAUUCUGAUGACGAAGCUGGAGCUUCUGGUCAGACUGAAAUGGAAUUUUUACGAAACUGCUUGUCCCGGACUCUGGGCUUGGGCAGUGAGAAGCCUGAAAAGGUGCUGGAUGAGCUGACUUUGGAGGGUGUGAGCAAGUUCAUGCUGUCUGACAAAUGCAAGAAGGUAAUAUGUAUGGUUGGAGCAGGAAUCUCAACUGCUGCAGGGAUCCCGGACUUGCGUUCACCAGGCACGGGAAUCUAUGCCAAUCUUCAGCAGUACAACCUACCAUACCCAGAAGCCAUUUUUGACAUCAGCUACUUCAGGCAACAUCCAGAGCCAUUCUUUGCUUUAGCCCGGGAGCUUUAUCCAGGGUUCUUCAAGCCCACUAUCUGCCACUACUUUAUACGCCUCCUGAAGGAGAAAGGACUGCUCUUGCGUUGCUACACACAGAAUAUUGACACCUUGGAGCGGGUGGCUGGCCUGGAUGAAGAAGAUUUAGUGGAAGCUCAUGGAACCUUCUUUACUUCCCACUGUAUCCGCUCUACUUGCAGGAAGACAUACAGUCUGGACUGGAUGAAAGAAAAGUUCUUCUCAGGUCUUGUCCCCAAGUGUGAAAAAUGUCAGGGUGUUGUGAAGCCAGACAUCGUGUUUUUUGGGGAAAGCCUGCCCUCCCGUUUCUUCUCUUUGAUGCAGUCAGAUUUCCGUGAAACAGACUUGCUUAUUAUCAUGGGCACCUCUCUUCAGGUCCAACCCUUCGCCUCUCUUGUCAGCAGGGUAUCCCAAAACACCCCGCGGCUGUUGAUCAAUAAAGAAAAGACUGGAGAGAGUGACCCUGUCUUGUCCCUGAUGGGCUUUGGCUGUGGGAUGAACUUUGAUUCAGAAAAGGCAUACCGGGAUGUUGCCUGGCUUGGAGACUGUGAAGAGGGUUGUCUAGCCCUGGCAGAGUUACUGGGAUGGAAGAAAGAGCUGGAGGAACUGGUUAAAAAGGAGCAUGCGGCCAUCGAUGCUGAGUCGGGGCAGGCUGUUGCUGAUGCGGCAAAUGCCUCCUGCUCUUUGGUGAGGGAGAAGAAGCAGAAUUCGUCCCCAGAGAAGGAAACACCACCUGGCAAGAAAGAAGAGUGAAGAAACUGGGCAGGACUGGGGGACACUUGCUGCGAAUAAAUGACAACUCAGAAUGGCCACAGGCUGAAUGAUCCUUGCAGCUUGCUGACUUGUCUAACUUUACUUCCUUAAGGGGCUCGACCGCACGGGAUCAACCAAAGGCUUUUGCCUAGGAGAGCAUGCAGAGGGGAAUCCAAAAGAAUGUCAGGUGUUGCAGAAUAAAAGUGGAAGAGGCCGAGGUGCCACCUUUCAAAGUCUUUUCUGUUGACUUUGGGAGUGUUUGAUGCAAAGCCCUAAACUGCUGGAAUUAUGGGGGAGAAGCUGGAUUGUCAGGAAGCAAUAUGAAUAUUCUGAGCUAUUUUCCAACCUUUGUGAGUUCUGAUUAAGGUUUUGGAGUAGAGUUUUAUUUCUAAUUCACCUAUACAAGAAAAUAGCUGUAAUUGGGGGUGAUGUGGGGUUGGUGGACAAAACCAGCCUUGAACUUAACGCUAUAUAAAAUUAUUUCUAGGCCACCUUUAAGAAUGUAUACCAGCUUGAAAGGAUUCCAAGAAUAAAAUCCUCAUAACAUGGAUACACAUUUUAAAAAUUCAUAAAACAUGUUUCAGUAAACUCCAGGAAAAUGAAGUUUGACAAUUAGAAUGAAUAAAAAUGAACUUUACCAAUAAAAACCAACAGCCUAGAGUUAAGGGAAAGCAGGUGGGUCUUCAGAGCUCUUCAUUUUGCGAAGUACGAGUUCUUUGGCACCCACUUGGCUGAAAAUUAUACAGUGUGUCGAAUGGUGGUUGGAGUUUUAUUUGAUCAAUGUUUUGAUUCUUGGAGGGUAGCCAUUUUAACACUGUUUAAGCUUUUACUUCUGUUUCUUGCAUUAACUAUAAAAUUGCAAUUAAAUAUAAGCACCUUGA